GUUUGCGCGGAGGCAGGUCGAGCGCAGCAGUCAUCAGUAGCGGAGCACAACAGCGCAGCGCAACAGGCAGGAUUGGAGAGCCGUGAGUGAUUGUUGACCCUGAACCUGAUAACGGAGAGUAAACAUGCCGAGGUCAUUUUUGGUGAAGAGCAAACGAGCGCACAGUUAUCACCAACCCCGUUACCUGGAUGACAACUGCAUCCCAAUUGAGAAACUUCUCACAUGCCAAGAAAGUCAAAUGGGGCAGAUCCCCGAGAGCCCGGUGGAGGUGGGUAAUCAUUCCCCUAAGGCCAGCAUGGUGUGCACAGCGGAUCAUUCCUCUCAGCAGUCCCCGCUGAGCUGCGAGGGCAGUGUGUGUGACCGCUCAUCCGACUAUGAGGACUUCUGGAGACCUCUGUCAUCGGGAACCUCUCCAGAUCUGGAUAAAUGCCCGGUGUCUUCUCCAGAUGACUCUCAGCCCUUCGACAUGACUUUCCGUCCGUAUGUUUGGGCCCAUUCAACAUCCGAACUUAGACACCUCAUUCAAUCCUGCAACCGUGUUUCUGUGGAUUCAGACAUGGACAGAAGACCGGGUGCCCAUCUACUCAUUGAACCAACACAAUCCGGGCGAUUUUACCAGGACUAUGGCUCUCUGACCACUAAUUUGUUGGACAAAAGAGGCUUUUAUGCCGACAUCAAGAUGUCAACUAAAGCAGCAGAAAUUGACUCAGAGUCUGAUAUUAUGUGCACGCGUCUUCAGCCAAAUGGGUCGUACAAAUGCGUAAAAUGCACUAAGGUGUUUUCGACCCCUCAUGGGCUAGAAGUUCAUGUGCGGCGGUCACAUAGUGGCACGAGGCCCUUCGCGUGCGAAAUCUGUGGAAAAACGUUCGGCCACGCCGUCAGCCUGGAGCAACAUAAAGCUGUACAUUCACAAGAAAGGGUCUUCAGCUGCAAAAUAUGCGACAAAAGCUUCAAGAGGUCGUCCACUUUGUCCACGCACCUCCUCAUCCAUUCUGACACCAGACCGUAUCCCUGUCAGUACUGCGGCAAACGAUUCCACCAGAAAUCGGAUAUGAAAAAACACACGUUCAUUCAUACAGGUGAAAAGCCCCACAAGUGUCAAGUGUGUGGCAAAGCCUUCAGUCAGAGUUCAAACCUCAUCACGCACAGCAGAAAACACACAGGAUUCAAGCCUUUCGGAUGCGAACUUUGUGGCAAAGGCUUUCAGCGCAAAGUAGAUCUGAGGAGGCACAAAGAAACACAACAUGGACUAAAAUAAUAAGACCAAAAAUAUUAUUUUUAUGACUCUUUGUUUGCACGUGACACUUUGUAGAAUUAGAAGGUAGCCUAAUAUUGUGUGGUUUUAUGGAUUAAGGCAAUUUAGCAGUCAGAAAUUUCAGAUGCUCAUGACAA